AUGGCGGAACUGAAGGCUGAGAUCGAGGCUUUGGUCGCAAAGAUCUCCGACAAGGCUGCAGGCCAAGCUUCCUUGGAGAGCCUGGGGCAAAUCGCCCAAGAGAAGGGCCGCCCUGCGGAGCCCUUUCUGGUGGCUGCCUUUCCCAAGAUCCUGGAGGCCGCCAAUGACAAGUCCAAGAAGGUGGUGGAUGCAGCAGUGGCCACCAGCAAGACCAUCAUGGAGAUGGUUUCGCCCUUCGCCGUGGAGUUGCUGUUGCCAUCCUUCCUGAGUGGCUUGGCUGUGAAGGCGAAGCCAUCACAGAAGGAGGCGACCCUCCAGAUCAUCUCCGCUCUGGCUGCCAAAGCUCCCCGAGCCGUGGGCUAUUUGCUAGUGAACUUGGUCUCUCCGGUGGCCGACCUCACCUGCGACAUCAAGAAGGAGGUGAAGACUGCCGCGCUGGAGUGCAUGUCCGCCAUCUGCAACUGCACAGGCAACAAGGAUUUGGAGCCUUUCCUUCCCGCUGUGGUAGAUGCGGCCUCCUCCAUCGACAAGACCCACGCCUGUGUGGAGAAGUUGGCGGGCUGCAUCUUCGUGCAGAACGUGGAGGCCCCUGCGCUGGCGGUGACCAUGCCCGUGCUCACCCGAGGGCUCAACGACAAGAACGAGGAGGUGAAGCGAACCUGCUGCCUGAUCGUUGACAACAUGUGCAAGCUGGUCGAGGACCCGGCGGAGGUGCUGCCGCUGAUGCCGCGCUUGGAGCCCUUGGUGAAGAGCGCCACCGAGAAGAUCUCGGAUCCCGAGGCCCGCGGCAUGGCGGAGAAGGCCUACAAGACGCUGCAGAAGGCCGCGGGUGAGGGGGCCAACUCCCUGCAGCAGGUGUCCAUGGACCAGGCGAAGAAGCAGGUGGAAGCCGCACUGGGCGACAAGAAGGGCUCAGGUGACGUCUGGGAGGUGGAGCUGUCUCACGUCUCGGCGCUGGCCGCCUGCGCAGCGAACAUGCGCGUCUUCAACGCGGCCUCCUGGAAGUCGGACAUCGGGUACCAGGCGCCCUUCGACGCCGUGGCUGAGUCCUUGCGCGAGAAGAUGGAGAUCGCCGCGAAGCCCAAGGAGGAGGUGGAGGAGGAGGACACCGAGGGGGUGGACCUCUACAAGGGCGCCUUCUCUUUGGCCUACGGCACUUUGACGCUGCUGCGCGAUGCCAAGAUGCACUUGAAGCGCAAUCGCUUCUAUGGCCUUCUGGGGCCCAACCAGUGCGGCAAGACCACCCUGAUGCGCGCCAUCGCCAACGAGCAGCUGGAGGGCUUCCCCAAGCGGGACGAGCUGAAGAGUGUCUUCGUGGAGCACGAGAUCGAGGACGAGGAGGUGGGCGUGCAAGACGACGGGUUCCCGAUUUUGUCGGUGGACAAGCCGGGCUGGUGGUGGGUGGUGCACACUUGCAACGACAUCUACAAGUUGGAGCCCCCAGUGAAGGAGGACGUGGUGAAGGACCUCAUGAAGUCCAUCGGCUUCGGCUUCCCCGGGGGCCCGGACCGGGCCGCCAACCUGGAGCUCCCCGUGACCUCCUACUCCGGGGGCUGGAAGAUGAAGAUGCAGCUCUGCGCGGCGCAGCUCAUGAACGCGGACGUGCUGAUGCUGGAUGAGCCCACCGGCCACCUGGAUGUGGACAACAUCAAGUGGCUUGAGGACUGGCUGGAGUCCUUCGAUGGCAGCAUCAUCUGCACCUCCCACUUCAGCCCCUUCCUGGACAAGAUGUGCACCCACAUCAUCGACUUCCAGGACCGAAAGCUGAAGACCUUCAAGGGCGAGAAGGGCAAGUGCCUCACCCAGUUCGUGGAGAAGUACCCCGAGAAGAAGGCCUACUUCGAGAUCAGUAACGACAUCAUGAAGUUCACUUUCCCGGAGCCGGGUGCGCUGGAGGGCGUCAAGAGCCGCAGCAAGGUCAUCUUGCGCAUGAACAACGUGAGCUUCACCUACCCCACGAAGGACAAGCCCACCAUCAUGGACGUCAGCCUCACCGUGAGUCAGGUGAGCCGUGUCGCCGUCAUCGGUGCCAACGGCGCGGGCAAGUCCACAGCCAUCAAGGUGUUGGUGGGCGAGCAGCUGCCCACCGAGGGCUCCAUUUGGAAGGCCCAGGGACUGCGCCUGGCCUAUGUGGCGCAGCACGCCUUCCAUCACUUGGAGAAGCACAUGCAGGAGACCCCCACAGCGUACAUCAUGUGGCGCUUCGCGGGCAACGACGACCGGGAGAGCUUGGAGUUCAAGACGGAGGAGCUCUCCGUGGACGAGGAGAAAGCCCGUGCGACGAAGUGGUGCAUCGACACCGUCUCCGGCAACGUGCGUCGCUGCACCGACCCCAAGGAGGAUGCCAAGAAGGCGAAGCAGGAUGAGGCCGGCGCAGUGGUCCCUGAUGCCGUGGUGAACCGCCGCCAGAAGAAGAAGGAGAAGACCUUCGAGUACGAGGUGAAGUGGCAGUUCAAGAGCAUGGACCAGAACGCCUGGGUGGAGAAGGACAUCAUGAUCAAGAUGGGCUACCUCAAGCUGGUGCAGCGUGAGGACGAGCGCCAGGCGGCCAUGGCAGGGCUGAUGACGAAGCAGCUGACCCAGCCGGGCGUGGAGAAGCACCUGGCGGACUUCGGGGUGGACCCUGAGAGCGCCUCCCACACCCAGAUCAACCAGCUCAGCGGCGGCAUGAAGGUGAAGGUUGUGCUGGCCGCAGCGAUGUGGCAAAACCCUCACGUCUUGAUCCUGGACGAGCCGACCAACUACCUGGACCGCGAGGGUCUUGGGGCUUUGAUCCUGGCCAUCAAGGACUACAAGGGCGGCGUGCUGAUCAUCUCCCACAACAAGGAGUUCUGCGACAACGUGGCCACGGAGAAGUGGAUCAUGCAGGGCGGGCGGCUCCGCAUCGAGGGCGAGUCCGUGGACACCUCCAAGGACGACGGCAUGGGCUCCGCGGGCCCCGACGAGGUCUUCGAUGGCGCGGGCAACAAGAUCGAGGUGAAGAAGAGCGUGACCAUGACGGAAAAGGACAAGAAGAAGGCCAUUAAGGACAUUGAGAAGAAGAUCAAGGAUGGUAAGAAGAAGCAGACCUUGUCAGAUGAGGAGGUUUGGGAGAUGGAGGACAAGCUGAAUGAGCUGAAGGAGAGCCUCAAGGGCAAGGAGUGA